UGCUUCGUGCCCGUCCGCGGAGAGAGAGAGAGAGAGAGAGCGAGAGAGAGAGAGAGAGAGAGAGAGAGAGAGAGCCUGUGCUUCGUGCCCGUCCGCGGAGAGAGAGAGAGAGAGAGCGAGAGAGAGAGAGAGAGCGAGAGAGAGAGAGACGAUAAAAUGGGAAUAUGAGAGAGAGAGAGAGAGAGCGUGAGGUUGGGCUUCCUGCGAGUUCCAAUCGAUCGAGCUCUUCGCCGCUUCCGACUGACGUCUUCCGAUCAUGACUGAAUAUUGGGUGAGCCAGGGGAAUAAGUGGUGCGAUUUCUGCAAAAUUUACAUAGCCAACAACCCCUUGAGUAUUAGGACUCAUGAAUUGGGCCAGAGGCAUAAGGACAAUGUGGCAAAAAGGCUUUCUGCAAUGCGGAAGGAAAAUGCUGCGAAGGAGAAGGAGAAAAAGGACGCAGAGCGGGCUCUUGAGCACAUAGAAGCUAAAGCUAAGCAAAGUUAUCAAAAGGAUUUAGCUUCUUUUCAAGGGGCAAGAAGGGAGACUGAGCUGAAAACUGCUCCACCAGGAGAUGAUUGGCAAUACGAUUCUUCUUCUGGCUAUUACUUUAAUCAGGCCUCAGGGUACUAUUUUGAUACAGAUUCUGGUUUAUACUACUCAGACAACAUAGGAAAAUGGAUGACGCAAGAAGAGGCAUCCACCUUGAACAAUGCUCCGAGAUCAGACUGUGCUGGUGCCACUUGUUCAAAAGCUAAGGAUGGCUGUGAAAGAAUUGCUUUUUCCGCUGUGAAGACCUUGGUCACUUACAGUGAAACAGAACAUUCACAGAGUCAGGGCAGUCCAGCACCUCGGCCAGUUCUCAAAUCAGCGGCAUGUGCUAGAUCAAUAAAAGGUGUCCCAUCCUCUAUUGCUGUUACAAAGAGGAAGAGGGAUGAGAAACCAAAGGCUGUAUCUGAAGAAGAAGCCGCUGCUCUUAAGGCAAGGGAUGCCGCAAGAAAGAGAGUGGAAGAGAGAGAAAAGUCUCUUCUUGGGCUGUACAGAUCAUAUUGAUGCAACAUAAAAGUCGCUCUUGACUUGAUAUAUCAUCAGUUUGUGUUUCAUAUGGUGGGCAGUAUGUUGUGUUACUGUUUAGUUUAUAAUGAUUGGGAUCAAGGCACCAGCAUUCUAUUUACCUUGUGAUGGGGACCAUAUAUGUGGCCUUCUGCCCCUUGUUGGGUCUACUCUGCUGGUAUGCUAACAGGAGUUGAAUGAUCCGAUGGCAUUUACAUGGCUAACUGGAAACACUGAUUGGCCUGAUCUGCACUCAAUUUGAUGUACAUUGUCAAGUUCACAUAAAUCAGUUCCUAUUACAAAACAUUUAUUUGUUGAACUGCCCAAAGUGCUUCUGUAAUCUGACCGAAGCACACAAGUUUGUAUUUGUAUACCUUUGUUCUGAUGAGGAGUCAACUUCCCCAUUUGCUGAUGGUCGCAUUAACAAGUUGGGAACACUUGCAUUUUGUUCA